GGUGGUGUUAAAUGCAGCGAAGACUGAAAGUGGGUCACCGGAGGAGAUGGGAAAACAACUGUUUCUUGUGCUCAACUCUGCCCUAUUGUGGUGGUGGAGCUCAUUCGCAGUCCCCGGAGCAUGCUCCCAAAACCAAACGGAUCGGCUCGCGUUAGUGUCCUUCAAAAACGCGAUACACGAAGACCCAUUUGGAGUCUUGAGCUCUUGGAAUGAUUCUACCAAUCAUUGUGAGUGGCAAGGUGUUUUGUGCAGCAAGAAACAUCCUGGAAGGGUCACGUCCCUGUUCUUGAGAUCACAAGGCUUGAGUGGCUUCCUAUCUCCUCACAUAGGUAACCUCUCUUUCCUGAGGAUCAUGGUUUUGCAGAACAACAGCUUCCACGGAGAAAUCCCACAACAGAUUGGAAACUUGUUUCGGCUCCGUCAUCUCAUUCUUAGCAACAACUCAUUUGGCGGGCCGGUACCCUCCAAUCUUUCCCGUUGCUCGACCCUCAGGAUCCUGAAUCUCGUUGAUAACCAACUUGUGGAGGGAAUUCAUUCCGGUCUUGGUUCUUUACCAAGGCUUAAAUUGUUGGCCUUGACUAAGAACAACCUUAUAGGUCCUAUUCCUCCUUCAAUCGGAAAUCUCUCAUUGCUACGAAAGCUUUCCUUGGGAAUGAAUUCGUUGCACGGAGAAAUACCUGAGAAAUUGUCCAGACUUGAGAGGUUGGUAUUUUUCCAACUAUCAAUAAACAAACUAACCGGUGAGAUUCCACCUGGGAUUUUUAACAUCUCCGGCAUUUAUACCUUUGCUGUUAGUGUCAACCAGUUGCGAGGAAGCUUCCCCUAUAAUAUCGGCACCACACUUCCUUCUCUCUCUUUCCUUGGAGCAUUCGAUAACAUGUUCACCGGGACAAUUCCGUCAUCUUUGACGAAUGCCACUAGUCUUCGAGGAAUUUACCUUAAAAAAAAUAGUUUCCAUGGGCCAAUACCGAAAAAUCUGGGAAGGCUAAAGGGCCUUGAAGGAAUUAUGUUGGAUCACAACCAGCUGCAGGAUGACUUGAGUUUUAUUUCUUCUAUAGCUAAUUGUUCCAAUUUAGAAACUCUCCUCAUGGAGUCGAACUUGAUUCACGGAUCAUUGCCGAGAUCCAUCUCCAAUCUCUCCACCACCAUUACGCGAUUUUCUUUGGCAGACAAUCGGAUCCACGGAACUAUGCCUUCAACACUUGAAAAUCUCUUCAACUUGUCUUCUUGGGAUUUAGGGAAUAAUUCUCUAACCGGUCGCCUUCCUGAUUCCAUUGGAGCACUUUAUAGCUUGCAGACACUUUCUUUGGCUGGAAACAUGUUUACUGGAGAGAUACCGUCUUCGAUUGGCAACAUGGCACUGUUAUAUCUCCUUGACCUUGACUCCAACAAUUUCCAAGGCUACAUACCGCAAAGUCUCGGCAACUGCAAACAGCUAAUUUCUCUCGAUCUUUCAUACAAUAAUCUAAUUGGCUCGAUUCCAGUCGAAAUCAUGGGUCUUUCUUCCUUGGCGAUCUUACUCAGUCUAGCGCAUAAUAAUUUAAAUGGAUCUCUUCCUUGGCAAGUGGGCUCUUUAAUAAAUCUCGCCGAGUUAGAUCUAUCUUACAAUAGAUUGACCGGCUUAAUUCCGGCCUCCAUAGGCGGGUGCUUGAGAUUGGAACGGCUUCACUUAGAAGCUAAUUCUUUUCAUGGUCAAAUCCCCCAAGCUUUACGUCCAUUACGGGGCCUACAAGAGCUGGAUCUUUCAAAUAAUAAUUUUUCUGGUCCAAUCCCAAGCUUUCUCGCAGAGUUCUCAUUGCUCCAGUACUUGAAUUUGUCCUUCAACGAACUAGAAGGACGAGUUCCAGAGGACGGAGUUUUCCUUAAUGCGAGUGCUAUAUCGGUUUCUGGAAAUAGACAACUCUGUGGAGGUGUUCCGAUUCUGAAGCUUCCUCUUUGUAAAUUACCACGCUCUGACAAGUCUUUUACGACCAGGACCAUAGUCAUAUCUGUGGUAGGUGUCAGUUUGUUAUGUUUGGCUUUGUUGUUCCUGUCUAUCUAUUGUUACCGCAAAAAGAAGCAGACGACAACCGAUGCCUCAACGUCAUUGUCCUUGGAGCACCAGUUCUUGAGGAUUUCUUAUGAAGAACUCCUAAGAGCUACUGACAGAUUUUCUGAGAGCACUUUGAUUGGUAAAGGGAGAUACGGCACGGUUUAUAAGGGAAUUCUUGAUAGCGGUGUCACGGUGGCAGUGAAGGUGCUCAAUCUAAUGCAAAGAGGUGCUUCGAAGAGCUUUGUCUCCGAAUGUCGAACUCUAGGAAUCAUUCGACACCGAAACCUCGUGAAGAUACUAAGUGUUUGUUCAAGCGUGGACUUUCAUGGGAAUGAUUUCAAAGCUCUAAUAUACGAGUUCAUGGCCAAUGAAAGCUUGGAGGAGUGGCUGCACCCUGUGACUAUAGGACGAGAUGAUGAGCGUGGAGAAUCGAAAAAUCUGAGACUAAUGCAGAGGUUAAAUAUCGCCAUCGACAUAGCUACUGCAAUCGAAUAUCUCCAUAAGGGUUGUCCUCUAGCAAUUGUCCAUGGAGAUCUGAAGCCAAGUAAUGUGCUCCUAGACAACGACAUGGUGGCUCAAGUUGGAGAUUUCGGGCUUGCAAAGGUCAUUUUAGCGAUGUCUACCAAAGUCACAGGAGUUCAGGACCAAGGCAAUUCAACUUCAACCGCAGUUAGAGGAUCCAUUGGCUAUGUGCCUCCAGAGUAUGGCAUGGGACACAAGGUUUCCACGUUUGGGGAUGCAUACAGUUACGGCAUUCUAUUAUUGGAGAUGUUCACUGGGAAGAGACCCACUGAAGAGGACUUUGGGCACCAUCUUAAUCUUCAUAACUUUGUUCAAAUGGCUCUUCCAGAUCGAGCGAUGGACAUCGUAGACUUAAGGCUUUGGAGUGAAGCUAGUGCUCAACAACAAGAGAGCAAGAUCAGAGAUUGCAUAAUCUCCGUAUUCGAAGUUGGAGUCGCAUGUUCAAUGGAAUCACCGCUGGAUCGAAUGGACAUGACCGAGGCAAUCAGGAAAUUAUGCUCGAUCAAGGUGAGUUACGAAACCAAAGAGAGAAGGACAGGUAAAUAGCUAAGUCAGUUUUCGAGUUUCAUCAUGAAGCUCUUUUAUUAGUAGAGAAAAUCAUCAUGUACCUAUUAUGUGUAUUUUUAAAAUUACACCAAUAUCUAUAUUUGAGAAUCAUAGA